UAGAGUCUGUAACAUGGCCGCUCGGAGGGAGUGGAUGGAGUACGAGGUUUUGCGGACAGAUACACAGCGUUAGUUCGGCUCUGAGACUAACGGAUGAUCCUACGGUCUUAUUCACGAUGUAACUACUCUGUUCGGGAAGCAGUUACGGCCCGUGGGAGUAAUUCUGGCUCGUAAUAAAGCCCUGUAGUGGAAGUAGAAGCAGCAGCUGAGGCCGACGUUCGCUGCAUACGCCCCGUCUCUCAAAGCGAGGCUGCUCUUUCUCCUCUCACACUGGCAGCACAGUUAGGUUUUGAGUUUGACGGCUGGCAGACGCGUGUACGAGCAGCGGAACGGGACUCGGGCCUGACCACCGGUGCCGCCUCUCCCACGGAGCAUGGUGAGAGCGCGCGGGUCACCAUGGAGCUCCAUGAUAAAAUGCAGGAGGAUGGAGUGACAGCACUGGGUCUGACCACGGCCCAGGCUUUAGGAACACUCCGGGAUCAGCUCUCCAACCUUCUGGAGCAGCAUCAGAAGCCCAGCCAGCGUAGAUGCACCAUCAAGGAGCUGUGGGCAAAGAGUUUCCUCCACCAUAACGACCGUCACUCCUGUUUCCAUUGGCCUGGAGCUGCUUUCACAUUGCUUGUAGUGAUUGGUUUACUGUGCUGCAAAGACAAGCAGCCAAAGGGCAGCGAUGGCAUAGAAUUGGUGAAUGCAGGAGCGCUCUUUCUCCUGCUCCUGCUUAACCUCGUCCUUAUCGGACGUCAGCAGAGACUGAAGAAGAGCGAGAUGGUGCGGCGGCUGAAAUCCAUCAUUUCGGAUCUAAACAAUCACUUGGAAGGAAGUGAAGGACAGCCAAUCCGAUGGGCCUCUUCUCGAUACCCUGACCUGUACACACCGUCCUCGCCAUCUUGGUGUUUGCACUGGACCUACCGUGAUGAGCAGUUGGUUAAUCUUCCUGUCAGCUUGUUGGUGGAAGGCGACAUCAUUGCACUCAGGCCAGGCCAGGAAGCAUUCGUCUCUCUUAGAGGCAUUAAGGAUGAUGAACACAUUGUGCUGGAGCCCGGAGAUCUGUUUCCACCGUUCUCCCCUCCUCCCUCUCCUCGAGGAAAUAAUAGGAAGGGACCGCACAGCCCCCAGAAGCACCGCCUCUUCAGGGUGGUGCGCACCCCCAUUCUCGACAAUAUCAGGAACAGUCUCGAACUCGCGCUCUCACGACCACUCACGGCUCUUGAUAACGAACGCUUCACGGUGCAGUCCCUUAUAGCCAAGUUUGCCUGCCCUGCUGUGCUGGUGGCAUUUUUUACUGUGAAUACAAUCCGCUAUUUUUGCGGGACUCCCGGUUUAACUCCAGGGCAAUUCAACUUCUUUCAGCUGCAGAUGAUGGGAGUGCUGCCCAUUCUACCUCUGCUGUUUCCUGUCAUGUGGGUUUUGGUCAUCGCUUACGGAGAGGCGCGAGUGUUAGCAGAAUUCAGCCGCAGCUCUCCGACAGGCCUGCUGGCUAAGUUCUCUGAGGACACUCUAAGCAGCUACACGGAAGUGGUGUCCUCCCAGGAAAUGCUGCGCUGUGUGUGGAGACACUUCGUUGGUGUUCUGAAAGGAGAGUCUCAGACACUGUGUUAUACCUCGAGCCUGCUGCGCAACCUGGGUUCAGUCACGGUUCUAUGCUGUGUGGAUAAGCAGGGUGUAUUGUCCUGGCCCAACCCUAGUCCAGAGACAGUCCUGUUCUUCAGCGGGCGUGUUGAGCCGCCGCACGACAGCCAGGACGAUCUCCGAGAUGAUCUGUCGGUUAACUCUUUGUGUCGUACUGAAGGAGAGGACGACAGAGAUGAGGCUCAGGAGGGUGAGGCGCUCCUCAACGUGCACACCUUUGAAUCCGUCGUGCAUCAAGUUAAUGAGCAGGAGUCCAGCGAGGUGUCGCAGAAUACAGCCCGCUCGUGUGACGUGCACCGAACACGCCGAGGUCCUCAAACCGCACGCUCCAAACACCCAUCAGGCUCUAAUGUCAGCUUCAGCCAUGACACUGAGGGGGGAGAGGAGCUAAGCACUCAGCUGUGCGGAGAUGAUCUGUGCGAGGCGGACGACUUUGUGUGUGACUAUCAUCUGGAGAUGCUGAGUCUGUCUCAGGACCAGCAGAACCCUGUCAGUAUUCAGUUUGACGACUCGGGUUGGCAGGCCCACCUGUCCUCUCUAAAGCCGCUGGGAUUGAACAUCAUGUUAAACCUGUGCAACGCUCCAGUCACUCAGCAGCUGUGCCGCUUCUCAGACCACCUGUCCAACUUGGCACUGCAGGAGACUCAUGGGGCGGUGCUUCCUGUGCAUGUUCCCUGGGGCCUCUGCGAACUGUCUCGCCUCAUAGGUUUUACUCCCGGAGCACGAGAACUCUUUAACCAGGAGAACCAUUUGGCUUUGUACCAGCUGCCUAACGGAGACAAGGCGAGUGAGACGUGCACGCGCCGCGUUCAACAUGUCACCAAACGCCAGCCGCCUAUUAGUCAUCUGAUCAGCCUUCUAGUGCGAGAGAGCACAACCAAUAAUGUACAGAUGCUCUCCCACGGCUCAGCUGACCUCAUCCUGGAGGCCUGCACUGACUUCUGGGAUGGCACUGACAUCUACCCCCUCUCUGGCUCUGACAGGAAGAAGGUUCAGGAUUUCUACCAGCGGUGUCUGUCGGGUUACUGCUCUGCAUUUGCAUAUAAACCAAUGCAGGUAGCACUGUCGGUCCAGCUAAACGGGAAGUGUGUGGAGCUGGCGCCUGGCCCAGCACUCUUCUCCGGAGUGGAGCUUCCCAGCACUACGCCCAUUAAACACAGUGGCCGCCGCAACAGCUGGAGCUCAGACGAGGGGAUAGGGGAAGGUUUGGAGAAGGAGGACUGUGUCCAGGCUUUAAGCGGACAGAUUUUCAUGGGCAUGGUGUCGUCACAGUUCCAGGCCCGCUUGGACACGGUGCGGCUAAUUGAGAACCUGGUGGGAGCCUGCAUCCGAUUUGUUUACUUCUCCAGAGAGGACGAGCUGCGCAGCAAGGUAUUUGCAGAGAAGAUGGGUUUGGAAACGGGUUGGAACUGUCACAUCUCUCUGACCCCUAACGGAGAUGGCCAUGGUGAUGGAGCUCCCUCUAGCCCUAGUCAGACAGGCUCUCUACGUGAUGAUCUUCUGCCAGAUUCCCGGGAUGAUGCUGAGGGGCCUUUACUUGCUGAGGAUGAAGGCCAGUCAGAUCUCGCCAGCUUCCAGGCUACAGAGAGCGAUGUUCCCAGCUUCCUCGCUGACGGCAAUCGAGCUAAGCUGCCUCGUGGCAUCCAUCAGGUCCGUCCCCACCUGAAGAACAUUGACAAUGUGCCACUGCUUGUGCCUCUUUUCACUGACUGCACUCCUGAAACCAUGUGUGAGAUGAUGAAGAUAAUGCAAGAGAACAGAGAGGUGACAUGCUGUUUGGGGAGCUCAGCUAACUUCCGUAACAGCUGCCUGUUCAUACAGAGUGAUCUCAGUAUCUCUCUGGAUCCUCUGUACCCAUCUCGGUGCUCUUGGGAUAUGUUUGGCUAUGCGUCUGGCAGUGUUGUGAACGAGGAGAUGGAGGAACUGACCCCUCUGCGGCUUAGUUCUCAUCUCAACAGCCUCAGCUGCUCCGUCUCCUUACACCAGGGAGAAAGUUUCAGUCUGGUCAAGCUAAUAGAGCAGGCCAGACACACCACAUAUGGCAUUCGCAAGUGCUUCCUGUUUCUGCUGCAGUGCCAGCUCACGCUGGUCAUCAUUCAGUUCUUGGCUUGUCUUACUCAGCUUCCACCUCCACUAAACAUUACAGACAUUUUGUGGCUCUCUUGCUUCUGUUACCCACUGCUGAGUUUGUCCUUCUUGGGGAAGCCACCGGACAACUCUGUGAUGGCAGUGGCUACUGGGAAAAACCUGGAUGACAUCCCUCGUAAGACCCAGCAGUACUUCCUGGGUUGGUUCCUGCUCAAGUUUGGUCUGACAGUGUGUGUUUACUUGCUGGGAUUCGGAUUCUCCCUGCAGGCAGUGUUGGCUAACUCUGCUAAUGACACUGCUAACUGCAGCCACAUCUUUACUACAUGCUCAUCUGAAAAGUGGUUUGAGGAGUUAUCUAACGGUCUGCUGCUCAUCCAGAAAGUCAUGGCAGGGUUCCUGGCUCUGCAUACUGUGGUUAUUUCUCUGAGCUACGUGCACCGUUCUCAGCCGCUGUGGAGGAAGAAUCCUUUCAGCAACACAUGGUGGUGUCUCACUGUGCCUCUUGUGCUGUUGGGGCAGGUGGUGCAGGCCAUAAUUGAUUAUCAUAUAUGGCAAGACAGAAGUAAUAUUUAUAACGACAAGAAAAGUCAAAGCUUUACAUUAAGCCUUGUGCCAAUGGAGGUGUGGCUGCUGGUGUCGCUGUCCACUGUGGUGGUGGUGCUCAUCAAUGAAGCGGUCAAACUGCACGAGAUCAGGGUACGUGUGCGUUACCAGAAGAGGCAAAAACUCCAGUUUGAGACAAAACUGGGGAUGAACUCUCCUUUCUGAGCUGCUGUAACACAAGUCUUUUUUGCUGUAAUAUCACUGUUCCCAGCGAUGAGCCGUGCAGUGAGAAGAGUUGUUUUCUUUUUCUCUCAGUGCCUCACUAACACACACUCAGAUCCAGCAUUGCUUUAGGACACCAGAAUACUGAAACAGAGUCUAUUCUUCAGCACUAUUUUCCAGGUUACAUUUGUUUGUUUUUUUUACCUUUUAUAGUGCAAAUUAUGUGUAUGCAUAAUGGUUUUGGAAGAAAAACCAUCAUAUAGAAGAAAACUAUAAAAGUGGGGUAGCAGAACCUAUUAAAAAAAAAAAAAGGAUUACAGAUGGACAAUCUUCUUACCAUGUAAUGUAAUGGCCUACAAGACAGGGGUAGAAAUUUCUUAAGACACAUUAUGAAAUAUAGGAUUUUUAAAGAACAGCAGAAGGAACGUGUUGUUUUAUCUUCGUACUUUCGCACAUUUCUGACACACUUUAAUAGUUUCUGCACCCUGUGUCCUUUGAAUUGCCGUGCAUCACCAGAUGCUAAGGAAUCGUUCACAUAGAUUUGAAUGUCAACGUCUUUUACAGUUUUGCAAAUACCUCAUGUCUGAUUCUUGCCACAGAGAUGGUUUUCAACUUUUUAGCGAUCAAAGAAGGCUUGCUUUUCAAACGACACUAUAAAUAUAGCACUGCUUUGAAGUAAUGCGCUGACUUGAUCUGUGCCAUUCAAAAUAGGAGCCAAAAUUGUACUUACUGAUUAUCCUUCGAUCAGAUCAGACAGAUCACGUUAUCAAAUCAUUGAUCUAAAAUUCUGAACUGUAAUCAUUUCAUUUUAUUUUUUACUUCUAGCUGGUUUUAUAUGACAGCCUUGCCAUUACUUACAUCAGUGUGAUUGAAUUGAUGGCUGUUCUACCUCUUGCUGAUUACUGCAUCAUCUGUGUGGCUUUGUGGUAUAGAGCUAAUUAUCGGAAGUGCAAAAGAACAAAUUGAAUUUCUUGUCGAGCAAGGUUCUGAAUCCUCAGAUGAAGUCGCGUGUAAACACAUCUGGGAAAAACAUUUUGAUAUAAAGGUUUAAAUGGGAAUACAGGGGGAUUUACCGAUCAAUAUUUAACGAUCAAUGUUUAAACAAACCAGCAUUUCUCCUUCCUUACAGGUAGUAUCAUAUUUAAAGCCAAGCAAAAACUCACUCUGGCUUUAAGAGAAUAGCCAAUAAAUAUUGCUUCAGUUUGUCCAUCACUUUCUUCCAUCUAAUUAGUUUUGUCUACAUGGACACUAUAUGGACAAAGGUUUCUGGACACGUGACCAUAUAUGUGCUUUUGAGCGUCUCAAUCAACAUUCAGUUCUCAUUUGCUGUUAUAAUGACCUCCAAUAUAUUUUGGAGUGUGCUUCUGGAGAUUUGUACUCACUCAGCCACGUGGGCGUUAGUAACGUCAGGUACUAAUGCAGGGUGCGGAGGCCCUGGGGUGCAGUCAGCAUUCCAGUUCAUCCCAGAGGUGUUCAAUAGAGUUGACAUCAGAGCUCUAUAGGAGGCCAAUCAAGAAUUUCCACUCCUACCCAUGUAAGCCAUAUCUUCAAGGGGUUUGCUUUGUGCACAGGCGCAUUGUCAAGAUCUACUAGUUCAAGCGAAGAGAAAAUGUCCUGCUACCGCAUCCAAUUGUGUGCCUCCAGCUUUGUGGUAACAGUUUGUGGACAGACCACAUGUGGCUGGAAAAGUCAGGCGUUCCAGUUCUUUUGUCCAUAUAGUCUACUUUUAAUGUUCUAUGUACUAGUUCUCUAUCUGAACAACGCAUAGUAUGGCUUUUUUUUCUUUCUAUCUAUUAUGCUGCCAUUUCUCUAGAUUGUAAGUGCUUAUGACUUAUGAUUAUAUACACGACUCCAUCUUAAUAGUCUUAACCAGGCUUUACGUAACAGUUCCCUGAGCCGAGUUAUUUAUUUAUUUAUUUAUUGUAUGGCGCACACGUUUGCAUGCCUUUUAUGGAAAGUGCAUCAUACUUAAGCAGCUGUGGGUCUGAAGCGAUGUGUACAGAACAUCAUGACUCUUCGUGACUCUGUACUCUUUUCAGCUUGUAGGCAGAUCUUUAAUGCAGAGUUCAUACAGAUCGUGUAUUCAAACCAGGUUUGUUUUCCUGCUACAUUUCCACCUCAGGGCGGUUUGAAACGUGCAUAAGCAUGUGUCUGUAUGUCAGACAGGGCAGUGAUAUCUAACAGGCAUUAUCUGAACAUGGUACUAACUGUUGCUUCAAUGCUGGUGAAGAAAUGAUGGAAGAAGACAUUUUGGGAUAAUCAGCAGAGAAGGUUUUUUCAAUGCACUGAUCGAUUCUGUUUAUCGUUAUAUGUUCUCAGCUUGUGUAAUGGAGCAUGAUUGCACAACUUUUUGUACAGUUAUUGAUAUUUGUCCUCUUUUUUUUAAGUUUAAAUCAAAUGUAAAUGGAUUUUUUGCUUACAUAUAUGCAUGAUUAAGACAUUUAUGAAUGCAAUGGUUAGACUUUUUAUUUCUUUUUCUUUUUUUAGAGAAUGUUGCAUCUUGCAUGCACCGCAAAUGUUGCUAGGGCUUCCAUCAUUCAUAUUAGCCUUACCCAUCUCUUUGGAAAUAUGCCCAGUCUCGCUACUGUACAGAUAUUUGUGCAAAUAAUGACAAAAUAAAAAAAUAAAACGAUAAUGGCUGGUGCCAGCUACUCA